AUGGCGCGUGUUUGCAUGUAUUUGCUUUUGGCCCUGGCCCUGGUUGGCCUCUCCGAGUGCCGUAAUGCUGAGGCCAAUUAUAAUUACGACAGCGCCAAUUACAAGGGAUCCGCCAAUUACAAGGACUCUGCCAAUUACAAGGGAUCUGCCAAUUACGGUGAAGCCAACUACGCCAAUGACAGAGCACACGCUCCCGCUUAUAAUGCUGCAGCCAGUCAGGGUUAUGCUGCAAAUGCUGCCAAUGCUGCUAAUGCUGCAAAUGCAGCUUACAACUACGCCGACAACAAAGCAGCUUACAGCGGUAAUGCAGCAGCCGGUUAUUCAGCAAACGCUCACGAAGCUAACUAUGAUGCAGCCAGCUCAGCUUAUAGAAGUUCUGACAACAAGGCUGAGUACGCCAAUUAUAAGCAGAACUCUUACGAGGAUAACAAAGCUGCUAGCGAGAACCCAGCUUCUUACAGCUAUAAUUCCGCUGGAUAUGCUGGAUAUAGUCAUGAGAACGAAGACAGCCGAAGACGUUACCCAUACAACCUGCUCGGAUCAAACAACCGCUAUUCAUCGCCAUACAGCAGUCUCUACAAAUACUACGGUCUAGGAAGAAGCGCUGAGAACGCUGAAAAUGCAGCGGCAGCGUACAGCGAGAAUAAUGCUGCUGGUUCAGCUCGUGAGGGUAAUGCAGCUGAGUACGCAGAAUCCAACGAAGAGACCAGAAGAUACUUAAAUUAUCCGUAUUAUGGUUACAACGGUUUAUACUCCAAUGGCCUGGGUUUAGGUAACUAUCUAAAUCUCUAG